AUUCAAGGAGAUCUUGCUGUCAACUUAUUUAACCAAAAUGAGGCCCAUUUUCUGUGGCAACUUUGAGUAUGAUGCUCGCCAAUCUGACCUUGAGCGACUUUUCAGCAGAUACGGGAGGGUUGAUAGGGUUGAUAUGAAGUCAGGAAUGUAUUGGAGCAUCCAUGCUCUUCCUGGCUGAUGGGCUGUGCAACACCUUUCCUGCCUGAGCCCGAGUGUCAUCUUCUUGUGUAUUUCCAGGAGCUGAUCUGUUCCACCAUUCACUGUGGCAUCUGUCCACCUGGAAACAUUUCCCCAAGAGACCAUUGCCUUUCAUUUUCCAUGAACUUUGCCCACUGUCCCAAUCUGCUCAUGUUUCCCAUGCCGAUCUUGCGGCCAGGUUGGAGAAUAGGUCGAGAACGCAUAAUCUGUUCGAUGGCCUACCACGAGAGACCUACUUUUGGAUUAUUAUACCAUGACAUCAUUUAGUUCUACACAUGAGGUCUGUUCUUGAUUUUCUCGUCCACUAGUUUCUAACAUUCAUAGAGAUGGGCCGAAGUUAUGUAAAUAUCUUUGCAGAGUCUUUUGAAUAUUUCAUUGGAGCCACAGGCCUCAGCUCUCUUAUGAAGGUUUCGUUAUAUGAGGGGCUUAUUGACCUAGAUUUCUUAUUAAGUUAAUAAUUUAAUUCUUGGAUUUGGCAUGUACUUUUGCAGGAUUCGCAUUUAUCUACAUGGAUGAUGAACGUGAUGCGGAGGAUGCAAUUCGAGCACUUGACCGGAUUGAAUUUGGUAGGCAAGGGCGACGGCUACGUGUUGAGUGGACAAAGCAAGAGCGUGGUGGCAGGCGGUCUGGCAGUUCAAGAAGAUCUCCAACCAAUAUGAAGCCAACAAAGACCUUGUUUGUCAUAAAUUUUGAUCCAAUCAAUACCAGGAUGAGAGAUUUGGAGCGGCAUUUUGAACCAUAUGGAAAAAUUUUGAAUAUUAGGAUUAGAAGAAACUUUGCCUUCAUCCAGUUUGAGUCACAGGAGGAUGCCACCAAAGCAUUGGAUGCUACCAACAUGAGCAAGGUGAUGGAUCGGGUUAUUUCAGUCGAGUAUGCACUUCGUGAUGAUGAUGAAAGACGAAAUGGGUACAGCCCUGAUAGAAGAGGUCGGAACAGAUCUCCAGAAAGGAGAAGUGAUCGUGGGCGAUCUGCCAGUCCUUAUGGUAGAGGCAGGGAGAGGGCUAGCCCUGAUUAUGGUCGUGGUCCCAGCCCAUAUAACAAACCUGAACAAAGGGGUAGUCCUACUUAUGGUAGAGCUGAAAGCCCCGAUUAUGAGAGGUACCGCAGUCGCUCACCCAGGCAGGAGAGAUUGUAAGAUGAUUUCCAGUUCUAUGUGAUUUUGUUCUAUCUGGUUGUGGUACAGGUAAUUUGUUUAUGGUGUGCUUGACAUAGAUCUUCCUUCAGCUACUUCUACCGAAGCAAACUGACAAAUUUCUAGGACCUUUUGUUUUAGGGCUUUUAUAUCAUGUAAUUUGCUGCACUAUGGAUUUGUUGUUUUGCGUAUACAAUUAUCUUAUCUAUCCAUGCUGGACAAAGAAGAAAAAAUGAACGGUGUGGGAUCAAUUUUUAAAAUGUUUAUCUCUUGUUGGCUCUUGACAAAUUUAAGGUUUUUUUCCAUUUAA